CUCAUGUCAUGGAAUCCUCAGUCACGUCGCUCACUGCGGAUUGACAGUCCAUCGCGGCUGAUACUCGUCAACGGAAGAACGCGUCUCCGGGUCGUACAACACGGUGUCGCACGCAGCCUGCGCACUGACAGGGAUACCAUGGAUCCGUUCCUGACCUCCAAUCUCGCCCUAGGGCAUUGCGGCAACCACGAUCUUCUCCAAUCUGUAUCCGCAGCAUUUCCUUUUCUACUCUCACAGCAUGCUUCCUCUUUCGUUCCAGUCGCUCGUUUGCAUAGCUUCGUUCCUUUUGCAGUAUUCAGUCUCAGCACAGCGCCAGGGACAUCCCAGCCAUAAUCAUUUGCACGCGGCAGUGACACAAAAUGGUGGCAAGUACGAUGAUACGAAUAGAAGCCAUUCAUCCUCCUCCGGUCUAGAUUUUGCACCUGGGCCGGGUGGUUGUCCUGCGUCACAGUCUUAUCCAUCGGGGCAAUAUUGGCUUCCGAAUCUACCUGCAAAGGACGAUGGUCGUUCUCCUUUCCUGGUGAAUGGCGAAAACUAUCGGAUUUUCAGAAAUGUGAAGGACUAUGGGGCAAAGGGAGAUGGUCAAACAGACGACACAGACGCUUUCAAUCGCGCUGUCUCAGACCAAAGUCGUAUGGGAGGUGGAAAGGGCAGAGCAGGUAGCACUGGUCAGCCAGCAUUGAUCUACAUUCCUUCGGGCACCUACAUCAUAUCAUCCACAGUCCAGCUAUGGAUUGGUACACAGAUCAUUGGCGAUGCUCUGGAACCCCCCGUCAUCAAAGCCUCGCCUAUCAUGAGAAAUGGCACUCAGCUCAUGUCGGCGUUUGAUUUUGCCUUGCAAAGUACCACAAAUUUCUACAUUGGCAUUCGCAACAUCGUCCUCGACUCGACGGACGUGGCGUCCAACAAGACCAUCUUCGGCCUCAACUGGGCUGUGUCACAGGCGACAAAUCUGCUGAACGUCAACUUCACCAUGCCAAGAGACAGUCAGCAUAUUGGUAUCCAUAUGGACGGUGGCAGUUCAGGAGGUGGAAGCGGGCUCUUCAUGGGCGACCUGACCUUCUCAGGCGGAUUCAUUGGACUUGAAUACAACAACCAACAAUACGCGUUAAGGAAUUUGCGAUUCGACAACGUGAAAACAGCCAUCGCUGUGAAGCACGCUUUCACGGUAACUAUGCAAGACAUCUACUGCUCCAAUGUUGAAAUAUGUGUCGACGCUGGCGUCAAUGACGUUCCAGGGGGCUCCAUUAGUCUUCUGGACAGUGUCUGCGAUGGAUGUGGUGUGAUGGUCAAUGCAAGUACCUCAGUCAUGCUCGAGAACCUGGAAACAUACAGUUCCGGCCCGAUUCUUCGCGUAGAUGGACGCGAGAAAUUUAUUCGAGAUCUUUGGGGCAAGAGUUAUGUUCUUGGAAAUGCGGACAGAACGAAUGGCAGCAUGAUUUCGGCGACUAACGGCAGCUUGAUCCGACCUAUUCAUCGAGACGGCAGUUUGGUUGACGAGAACGGACGCUAUUUCACCAAAACCCAGCCACAAUACACAGCUUUGCCACUGUCCGCGUUUGCUUCCGUCAAGGACGCCGGGGCUGCUGGUGACGGCGUCACUGAUGAUACUCAGGCUAUCCAGCAGGCUCUGCUCGCAAACGCGGACUGUAACAAAGUCACUUUCUUCCCUCAUGGCGUGUACGUGGUGACCGAUACAUUAUAUGUGCCACCUGGCAGUCGCCUCGUUGGCCAAGUGCUGUCGGUGAUCACUGCAUCCGGAGAUCGUUUCGCCAACGAAGGUGACCCUCAGCCCAUGUUGCGAGUCGGACAGCCUGGUGAAAGAGGUGUUGCAGAAUUUAGCGAUCUUCUCUUCUCCGUUGCAGACGUUCUACCUGGUCUCAUCGUAGUCGAAGUCAACAUGGCCGGAGAGCAUCAAGGAGACGUAUCUUUUCACAACGUUCACUAUCGCAUUGGCGGAGCGCGAGAUUCACUUCUCCAAACCUCGUGCCAGGAAAUCAGCAAACCUUGCAAAGCGACCUUCAUGAUCAUGCACCUGAGAGAGACGAGCUCAACCUACAUCGAAAACAGUUGGUUGUGGACCGCUGAUCACGAUUUGGACGAUUCCUACAAUCAGCAGAUUGGCACUGGGAGAGGGCUGUACUCUGUGUCGCAAGGUCCGACCUGGCUAGUUGGUACAGGAUCGGAACACCACGUUUUCUACGCAUACCAAUUCGAGAACGCCAAACAUGUCUACGCCGCUCUGAUGCAAGUCGAAUCACCAUACUGGCAGCCAUCUCCCCGAGCACCUGCUCCAUGGGUACCAGACGCAGCAACCUGGAACGAUCCCGACUUCUCCAAUUGCCAACAGAAUGUUUCUCAGUGCUACAUGCAAUGGGCUCUCCGCAUUCUCGGUGACGAAACCGAGGAGCUGCAUCUGUAUGGGAUGGGAUUCUGGGUAUUCUUCAAUGGACCAAACUAUGGCGCAUGCGCAGGUCCCAACGGUUCCUGUCAAAUCAACAUCGUGGAGCUAGACGAUGAAUUGCAAAGCGAUAACGACGUUGCGUUGUACAAUCUGAAUACGAAAUCUGUGCUGAAUAUGAUUUCUGAUUCGAAUGGUACGGUUUUGGCCACGCAGGAUACAAAUAGUGGGAGUUGGGGAGGCGUUAUUGUGGCAUAUCGGGAUUUCUGAGUCGGAUGUGCGAGCCGUGUUGACACAAUGGUGAGUACACGAUGCUCAGAUGGGUUGCGCAGAGGCAGAUGAUACUUUGCGAUCAAUUUUCAAAGGCAUCAAACUUGAUAGAUUGUGGUAUUGGAAUUGCCGUUGAAGGCAAUCUGUGUGUAACUAGCGGAUACCUCCGGACUGCCCGCUCCGA